AAUCUUCAGACAUGUGACGAUGCUUCCGAGGUCGAUGCUUCAGUCGUCUCGUCCCCAAUCGAUAGCUUCCACCACCCUCUUCAGCCGCGAGCAAACAGACGACCCAGCGUUCCAGAUUGAACCCACGCCAUAUAAAAUCUCUCUCUCACGGCGUGCGGGUAAUGCCAAGAUCAUCGACCGGACAGAGACCCGCUGAGCCCCCCGAGUCAAACCCAGAAGAUUUUCUCGCGAAUUGCCGAGUUGGGUCGGCGUUCUUUCCCCUCAAGAGGAUGAAUUUCAGGAGCUUCGACGAGUUCUGGCCCUUCUACGUGAGCCAGCACUCGAAGCCGGCCACGAGGCGUUGGCACUUCGCGGGCACGCUCCUGAGCAUCGUCUUCUUGAUCUACUCGGCCGUGUUCAACUGGUGGUGCCUCUUCCUCGUGCCCGUCUCCGGCUACGGCCUCGCCUGGUACAGCCACCUGUUCGUGGAGGGCAACGUCCCCGCGACCUUCGGGCACCCGCUCUGGUCGCUUCUGUGCGAUUACAAGAUGUUCGGUCUGAUGCUGACUGGGAAGAUGGACAGGGAGAUAAAGCGGCUCGGGAAGAGACCCGUCUUGAAUGGCUUCUGAAUUCUGGGGGAUGUCGGGGCUGCUAUGAAGAGGCAAUGGGAUAGGUUUCAAGUUCCAAAGCUUUGUUUAGAGUGAGUAUCACUAAUGACAAGACCCUACCCACCUUUGAACUUCGAUACCCCUGAUUUUCUACAUGAAUUACACCUAGUGCUGUACUUAAAACUCCUUGAGUUGGCUUGUUCAAGAAUAAAAAAUGACCUCUUUCAGGACAUUUUGUCUCAUCCUUGGUAAUGGCAGCAUGCCGCCUGACCUUGUCGCUUGAUCAAGAAAGUACUGAAUUUCCCUUGUGUUCCACUACAAAAUUGAAGGUUGAAGGACUUUGAAGAGUUCAUGUAUUAUUCAAUGUUAGUUAAUAGACGUGUGGUUUUCCAUUUUUCAACCUUUCCCUGGUGGAUAAAUCUCCUCGUCUGUGACUUUUUCUUUCAGAAAUGGAGCAAUUUAAAGGUGAGGAGUCUUUGAAAUAAAGUAUAUGCUGUGUUGUUUACAGGAAUUGUCACCAUUAUCAAUGAUACUUAUGUUAAUCGUUUUCCUUUUAUUUUUGGCCUACUGGAGAGAGAAAAAACAUAAGAAUGAGGCAUUUAGCUUGGUUAUUUGGUCAUUUUCCUCCCUAGGAAAUUUGAGUCAGGGUUUGCUAUUGGCAUGCCAAGGCGGACGCCAGACAAGCUCUCUAUUUAACCAAAAAAGAAACAAAUAUGUUCACCGUCCCUUCCUACAUUGAUUAAAUGAGACUUUGUGGAGAGGUGGACCUUCAGAAGCAUGAUACCAGCCUGUCUUUGUCCAUUUCAAGGAUCCAUGACUAGAGAUGACCAAUCUGGAGUAGCACUUAGAUCGCCAUUCGAUGUGAAUCCUAUAACGGUUUGCAUUUUUUCAUUAAAAUUGUCUGUCUAAACCAUAGUGGGGCUUUCAUGUGUGGAGUAUACGUUUGU